GAAACAUCUAGCAGCAUCGCACGCAGCUUGGAGCAACUGUUCGUGUCACCAAAUCGAUGUACAGAGUAGAAAAACACAAGAUAUUAAUUAUAUGGAAAGCACAGGACGAAACGACUAAUGUAUGAAAUUCACCACGUUCCUCUUAUAUUAAAUAAAUAACACUUGGAGUAAAAGAAAGAAAGAAAGAAAGAAAGAAAGAAAGAAAGAAAGAAAGAAAGAAAGAAAGAAAGAAAGAUAGAAUAAACUAACCAAUUAUGCAUUACAUGCCUUUUUAAAGAACAAAUCCUAAAAUCGCUUUUUAAUUCAGUUACAUCAGAGUUCGCAAGACAGACAGCAUUUACUGCGCCGGAGCGGUAUUUAUCCAUUUACUCUCUGCUCCAUCCAUUCUCCAGGCCGAUCUUUCAGGACAAUUUUGAUAUUACAGUUUAUCUUCGUGCCAAGUGAUUUGUCUUUUCUUUCAAGAAAAUGCGUUCAUUCUUUAAGAGCGGCCGCUAUGGCAGGAGCCAAGUUAUUCUUUUCUGACUCAGCAAUUUUUGAUUCGUUACAUAUGUAACCUUAACCAAAUUACUGCAUAAUAUGAUUAGGAAUAGCCUGAAUAAAUGUACAUUAUAUUUGUAUCACAUUACAUUUUUAAUGGAAAGACUACAUCCUACGUAUUAGUAAGGAAGUUAUAGAUUUUCAAAAGGAAAAAAAACAAAAAACAAAACCAGACUGAUAAAGGCCUAAAUUUCCUUCCAGACUCAAAUUAUCAAUAAUAUUAUUUUUAAAUAGCAACGUCUCGUAGCAUAUAUGAAAUACGUAUUUAAUAAGCCUGUCGUGUCAUCUGCUAAAAAUAUUUUACAUUAGUACAUGUAAUUUAAACAAUGAAACAUUUCGUCAUGCUUCUCAAAAUUCAUUCGUUUGAACAAUUAAUAACAUCCUAUAUAUUAUUAAAUAAAUCAUAGAUAAUUCCAGUUAAAUAACCAGUAAAAAAAAUCCAAUAAUACCUUCUUCCCACCAAAUUAAAUGUAUUCAUAUCAGUUAUAUUUAUAGCUUUGGAAAAUUUUUACAAAGUAGUUCUGAAGCAUUCUGUGCAGCCUGCUCUCCUCCUCUUCUCACCAGAGCAAAAAAUACAAAAAAAGGAACAUGUUCAAAUAGCUGCUCGCUCUUAUUGUACGGCCUCAAGCUGCAGGAAGUUAGAACAGCGUUAAAAUUCCACCAGAGCUGUCCCGUGCUCUGGUGUCAAUGACAGACGUAGAGAAGAGAAAUCAGAAAUUAUAAAAACAAUACAAGUUUCACCUUUACAGAGUCGAUGUCUUCUAUAUCUACCCUGUAGAUCCGGAUUUGUGUCCAAAUGUCUAACAGCAUCACAAAUUCGCUUCUAGGGGAGUAUAUAGUGGAUUUACACACGACGGAUUCACCAUUGCUACCGUGACCCUGGACGACCUGCAAGCUGCUGCUUCCUGUUCGAAUAUGCUUGCAAAAUCAAAGUGAAACUCUAAAAAUCAUUAGGCCUCUUUCCAUUGUUAGCUUUGACAAUAGAGUAAGAAUAUUUUGGGGCUAAAUAUACUUUGCUUUUAACGGAGAAUUUGGAAUAAUUUGGAAUUUUAGAUAACUAAAAUAUACAGCAGCUGAUUUGGUUCUGUUUACUUCUUGUUUAAAAGUAUGACGAAGGGAUAGUUUGCUAUUCUGUCAUUUAUUUAUUUAUUUUAGGCACCAGCAACCCUCCCGACCCCAUUAGGGACAAGGGUGAACAGAAAAUGGAUGGAUAUUUGUUUUUUUAUUUCUAUUUUAGAAGCAAAUGAUUUUAUAUGGGCUGAGGGUGUUUAUGUGUGUCCACUCAGCGUCCUCACUUUUAAUCGGCAGUAUGUUGUGUACACAUAUUUUACUUUAAUAAAUAGACAUUGUGAUUAAACAUGAGCUAUGCUUAAUUUCUAUUUAUUGUGUGUGUUUGGUGGGGUGUUGUACUUGGCUGAGAUGGGAGGCUGUUGACACCGGAGGGGAGAAAACUAAACCUUGACGGUCUCUGGAUUGUAUAAAGCUCAGAAAAACACGUGGAGGUUUGGAGUCAUCGGAGCUAAUUCCAAUAUUUUUCAUGCAAGGUAUAUAUAUAUAUAUAUAACUGACUGAAUCAGUAAGUGAGGUUUGGCUGAUUGUUGGCUGGGUGCCUGGUGGAACCGCGUUUUAAAAGAAUGACACCGAUGCUGAACUCUCGUUCCUCAUGCAAAGGUUUUCUGGUGAUUUAGGAGGCCGCUGAACCUGAAUUACUUGAUGAAUUUUCUAUCGAUCCUAAACACGCCAGAUUAAUCUCUGACGCUGCUACUGGGUGGCGGUGCAGGAGCCGGCCAGGCCACUCUCCCACUCCCCGGUAUUAGCGGAGUAUGAGAAGAAGAAGGGGGAAGAAAGUUGGCAAACAGCCUCUGCACACACCCUGUAUGUACACAGAGGGAGGUGCAGGCGCCAUUAACUCCCCAGAGUCAUUUCCCCCGCUACUUGUUUUAUUGUAUUUUAUUUUCUGCUUGAAUUGGUUAGUUAGGCACUUAAAAGAAGAAAAAGCGACAGAAGAUCACUGUGAGGAAUAAGAUGUCGCUCUUUUUUAAUCGUUGUAAGAACAUCGGCGUUUUUUGUUUGUUUGUUUGUUUGUUUGUUUUUGUUUGGGCUUUUGGUCUGAGAUUCUUCCUCUUUCACAAGCUCCGGGUCUGGUAAUAUGAGCAGACCGGUUCGCGGAGCCAGCAGGGGAAAUGAUUGAGGCUUAAAGGGAGAGCGUCUAAUCAAAAACUGAGGUCAUAUGAUCUUGCGCGUGCGAGAGCGGAGUGUAUGUUUAAUUCCAUUUCCUUAUCCGGGGGUCCGUCCAAGAGGCGUGCAAUUGGCUGCUUUCCGUCACGUGGAAUCCCAACUUUGUUCACUUGACAGAAAAGAAGGAGGGUUUAAGUGAACAGGAAUAACCGAAGACUAAAGGGAUGACAUAUAAAUUUUAGUUAUAUUUCAUUUCAAGCCGGUGCAAUUUCAGAAAAAGACUGAAAUUAAUGGCCAUGAGCUCCUAUUUGAUCAACUCCAACUAUGUGGAUCCGAAGUUCCCACCCUGCGAGGAAUACUCACAAAGCGACUAUUUGCCCAGUCACUCCCCGGACUAUUACGGCUCCCAGAGGCAGGACCCUGCCGCUUUCCGGCCAGACUCUGUCUACCACAAUGAGCACAACCCGGCUCAUCACCAACACCGACUCGAGCCGCCGUACACGCCGUGCCAGCGUGCACCACAACCCGCUUCAGAAGUGACGUCCCCCCAGGGUCCCACUGUUCUCCCCACCGGGCUGCACACCACCCCUGUGUCGGAGCAGAGCCACCGCUGUGACUCGGUAACACCGAGCCCGCCUCCACCUCCACCCUGCGGUCAAACGCCUCGCAGCCAAAGCGCUUCUUCCCCCGCCAGCAGCCGGAAGGACCCGGUGGUGUAUCCGUGGAUGAAGAAGGUGCAUGUAAACAUCGUAAAUUCCAGCUACUCUGGUGGAGAACCUAAACGCUCUCGGACGGCCUAUACGCGCCAACAGGUUCUGGAGCUAGAGAAGGAGUUCCACUACAACCGCUAUCUGACACGCAGGCGUAGAGUGGAGAUUGCGCACACUUUGUGUCUGUCAGAGCGGCAGAUAAAGAUCUGGUUCCAGAACCGGAGGAUGAAAUGGAAGAAGGACCACAAGCUGCCCAACACGAAAGUCCGCUCCGGGACUAACAGCAUCACAAGCUCUCAGACUGUGUCCGCGUCUCAGAACCGCUCUUCCGGACCUCUAUAGCACGGCUCUUUGAGCUGUGGCAAUGUGGUGCCCGUCCGUAUUCUCCCGUUUUCAUACUGGAGGCUGAAGAUGUGGUGAAACAAACCCUCCGGAAUGUGCACUUUGGACCAGAGUAGAAACUUAACGUUUGAAAUGAGGACCAACUCCACUCGUGGCAGACCACAGGGCCCGGACUGCUCCGUAACAAACCUGUGACUUUGUGUGUGGGGGUUUUAUGGGAGGUCUGGUUGUGAAAUCUGACUUAAAGAAUCCAAAAGGGAUGCAUGUGUUAGAAUUAAAAACACAGAGCUACACAGUUCGUCGAAUAGAUUUCCGUGAAUCCUAACAGCUCCUCUGUACUUUUUCUCCUCUUUAAAUGUACUUCUGCCGUCUAGACAGAGCCACCCACCUACCAUAUUUUGCUUAGAGCGGUGUGUGUGUGUGUGCUUUUAACACGCUUUCCUUUAGCUUUUUUUUCUUUUGAGAACAUCCUAGCUUCUAUGUUUAAUCACACCAAACCUGAGAGCCAUUCUUUAUGUUUUCUGUGUGGGGUACAAAGCGAAGGGGUGAACCGCGCGGCUCUGCCCAUAACCCCGCCCUCUCAGACCACUACCCCCUCACACACUUGUAAAAAAUGGAACUGUCGUUUCUUCCAUAGCCCCCACUCCACCUCCACACACACACACACCCACACACCCACACACACACACCCACACACACACAAAUAUGCAUAAAAAGCAGUAGAAAGCAUCAUGUAGCCACGCUCGUACCAGCAGCACUCAAACAGAACCUGGACCCGCCGGUCUGAUUGUUAGCUGCUACAGUUUGAACUCGGCUUUCCUUUAGUUCUUGAGGGCAGAAUAUAGCUUUUGAACAUGUUAUUAGAGCUAUUUUUGAAGUCAGUAUUGAUUGUAAAGCGGUUCUCUGCGUUGACAUUGCUGCGAGUGAUGCGGAAGGUUUAAGUGGCUCAUGUUCGUAUGUUACUAAGGCUGCAGAGAUAUAGAAUUAUUUUCCAGCACUUAUGAAACAUGGAUGCGGUCAAACCUUUCCCACUGGACAUUAAUGAUCACACCAAAAUCGUACAAAUAGUACAAAACACAGCACUAAAUAAUGUAUUACUUAUUACCUCACGUGUAAAUAUAUAUGAAUAUAAAUAUGUUUUAUGAUAUCAUGUUGUCGCUUGCUCGUUGAUGAAGUGACAGGUUUUCAAGCUUUUACUGACAUGAAGAGGUAUAUUUUUUCUUCCAACAAAAGCUCUAUUCUUUUGUUCUAUGUUGGAAUGAAACUGUUUGCAAAUGAUGGAGGUUUUAAGAUACACGGCGAUAAUUGGGCAAGAAAAAGUGAUUUCUCUUUCUUUUUGUUCGUCAUUUCGUGUUUUUCUGUUAAUUGAAUCCUAUUCCUUUUUCUAAAGUGUCUGAUUGUUUUUUUUUUGUUUGUUUUAUUUAUCCGUUCUGAAUUUGCAACAUUUUUUUAAUGAUAUUGUUUUCGUUAUAAUCCAAGUGCCACAGCCGCAAUGAUAGUAUUUGUUGAACCUGUGUUGCCUCCCGGAAAUCUAUAUGUUCCUUUCUCACUUUCCUUAGUGUCAAGUUUUUUUGUAAAUAGCCCAAAAAUAUAAAUAAAUGACUGAACGUGUAA